CAGGUAGAACGGGCCGGUCUAUUUACUGGCCUCAGGGACGUCGCCCUUUAUUUAUCCGGUGUCGGCCGAGACAGCGAGUCGAGAGGUAGAAGUUACAGAGUGAAGAAGAAGAAGAAGAAGAAAGAGAAGAAGAAACCACCAUGGCUGUGAACAGAUGCGUCAAAUUCCUGCUGUUCUUCUUUAAUCUGCUUUUCUGGCUGAGUGGUUGCAUCAUCUUGGGCGUCUCCAUCUACCUGAAAGUCGAAAAGGGUGGAAACAAGAUUACUAAUGAAGCGUUUCCUGCUGUCGACCUGAUGAUCGCCAUCGGAGUGAUCAUCAUGCUGCUCGGGUUCCUGGGUUGCUGUGGAGCCAUCAGAGAGAACCGCUGUAUGCUGCUGUUGUUCUUCAUCAGCCUCCUCAUCAUCUUCGUCCUCCUGCUGGCGGCCGGUAUCCUGGGAGCUGUGGAGGAGCAGAAGGUGGAUGAUUGGAUGAAGGAGAGACUGCAGAAAUUACUUCCUCUGUCAGACCAGAAGCCAGAAAUCAGGGAGGAACUGGAGAAGCUGCAGAAGGAGCUCAAAUGUUGUGGUAUAGUGAACGGACCAGGAGACUGGGAGAAGAUCCCCGACUCCUGUCGCUGCAACAGGACCGACACAUCAGACGAGUGCAGCUCGUCUAGCGUCUACUCCACGAGCUGCUCCACCCGAAUCAUCGAGCUGAUGAAGAGCAACAUGGAGGUGGUUCUGGGCAUCGCCUUCGCCGUCGCCAUCCUCCUGAUUUUCGGGAUGGUCUUCUCCAUGAUGCUCUACUGCCAGAUCAGCAGGAAGGACGGCGGCACCACCUCCACCAACGCCUGACCUCACCUCAGUGCUACAAGCCAGUAACACUGUCCAUGUACGGAGUCCUGACAGGGUCAUAAAUAGAGCAAAUGUUUGGUAUUAUUAUUAUGAUUAUUAAAGUAAAAAUGUGCUUUAAUGUGAAAUAGUCAAAAACAGAAAUAAAGCGAGCAGGUGUAAAAGUAACAAAUCAUAUUUUUUUUUCUGCAUGUGAAAUAAAACAGAUUCAUUUACCCGUGAAUGAAAAUAUUUUCCCGAAAUACGAGAGUUUUCUUUUGACUUUGCAAAUUAAAAAAUAAAUGGCUUUCAUGUUCAUGUUUGGCCAAACAUAAUAUAAAAUGAAAAGAGCGCUUCAUAUACAUACGGAAAUCAUGGGAUGUAUUUUCAAAAAGAUAAAAAUAAUAAAUUAUGGGAAUAAGGAAUCCCAUUAACCCCCCAACCAAAAUAAGUGAAAUAAAGUAAAUAUUUAAAUUUAAUUUCAUUAGCAGCUAUCACAAAAAUAUUUAAAUAUAUAUAUAUUUCAAAUCUUUUUUCCCAUUUUAUUUGUAAAUAAAAUAUCUUUGGUGUCGUUUUUCCUGUCAUUGUAUCUAACCUCAUGUCAUAUGUAGUUUUGAGAAUUUGAGCCUCUGUGUUCACAUCCCAACAUCUAGAAUCAUUACAUAUAAAGAGAAUAAGCUUUGAAUAAUUUUAAAAUUAUUUAAAUGAUUUUAAAAUUAUUAUUUUGGGGGAGUUUUUGCCAGAAUUGUCUCAUAUUUUAUCAGGGAUUGUUUUUGUGUUUUUAUCUUUGUUUUUUUGUUUUGUUUUGUCUGUUUUUUUUCUGUCUCGAUAGAACAGAUUUCCAUAUUCUUCUGUGACCUAAAAUAAAAUUAAUAUUAUCUCAUAAAAUAAUAUUUUAUUUUAUGAGACAUUUUACUCUUCAGGAAACUUUCCUCUGAAUUUUCUUUCUUUUUUUUUUUUUUUUUUUUGAAAUAUUU